AUGAACAUAAACAUGUAUAAAUAUAAUCCGUUUAGAGGGGCCUCAUAUAUUCAAUUACCAAAAUUUAUAUCUGAUAAAAAAGUUAUUAUCAACAUUAAAAACGAAGAUAACAAAUGUUUUCUUUGGUCAAUUCUUGCUGCUUUACAUCCAGCGAUAAAAGAUGCAAAUAGAGUUAGCAAAUAUAAAGAAUGGAAAAAUGAAUUUAAUGAAGUAUUUAAAAGUUUAAAAAUUGAAUUUCCAGUUAAAUUAAAGGAUAUUCCUAAAUUUGAAAAAAAAAACAAAUAUGUCCAUUAAUGUGUUUACUUAUGAUGAUAAUAUAAAUAUAGUACCACUACAAAUAUGUGAUAUACAAAAAGAAACUUAUAUUAACUUAUUUUAUAUUAAAGAAAAAAAUAAUGAACAUUAUUGUUUGAUUAGAAACUUAAUGAGAUUAGUUGAUUCGCAAAAAACAAAACAUGCCCAUAAAACACAUUUAUGCAACAUGUGUUUAUCCCAUUUUCAUACUGAGGAAAGUCUAACAAACCUUGAGAAAUAUUGCAGAAAUAAUAAAUGUGCUAAAGCAAUAUUACCGAGCAUAUCUAAUUGUAUUUUUAAAUUUGAAAAAUACCAAAAAUUUUAUAAAGUUCCUUUUGUUAUUUAUGCUGAUUUCGAAAGUAUGCUAUCCAAAAUUGAUAUAUGUCAACCUUCUGAUACAGCUUCCUGUAUAAAAACAUACCAAAACCAUUUACUUGUUAGUUUUUGUUAUAAUGUUAAAUAUAGUAAUACUAGUAAAAGUAAUCUAGUAACAUAUUUAGGUGAAGAUGCAGAAAAAUUUUUUUUGGGAAAAUAAAAGAUGAAGCUCUUUAUAUUGCAAAAAGUUAUUUAGAUGUAAAAAAAACCUAAGAACAAGAAACUGAAUUUGAAAAAGAAAAUAACUGUCAUAUAUGUGAAAAAUCUUUAAGUGAUUUACCACUAAUACUAGAGAAAAAAAAAUAGAAUACUUGAUGAAACUAUUAAUUAUUGUCAAUCUGAAAAUUUAGAUUUAGAAAAUGUAAAAAAUAUAGAAAAAGAAACUGAAUAUUUUAAAAAACGGCUUGAUGAAUUAAUAAAAGAAAAACAGAUGUUCUUUGAAGAACUUGAAGAUAAUAUAAAAAAGGUUAAAGAUCACGAUCACUUAACAGGAAAAUAUCGAGGAGCUGCUCAUUCUAUAUGUAACUUAAAUUAUAAGGUUCCUAGAUUUGUUCCAGUAUUUUUCCACAAUCUAUCUGGUUAUGGCCCACAUUUAUUCAUAAACGAAUUAGGUAUUGAUAAAGAAAAUAUAAAAACAAAUGCAAUUAGUGAUGAAAAUUAUGUAUCAUUUUCAAAAAAUAUACAAUAUAUACAUAUAGAUCCAAUUACUAAAAACCCUGUUUUAGAUCAGAAAGGAAAACCUAUUUUUAAGACAGUUGAAAUAAGAUUUCUUGAUUCUUUCAAAUUCUUAUUUAGCUCUUUAAAAAAAUUAGCUAAUACUUUAGAACCAUACCAGUUUAAAGAACUAUCUAAUCAUUAUCCUGAACAAUUGGAUUUAGUAAAAGGAAAAUUAUCNUCUCUAGAAAAAUAUGAUGAAGAAUCUCUACCUAAUAUAGAUCAAUUUUACAGCUCUCUUACAGGCAAACAUGUAACACAAAAUGCAUAUGAAAAUGCUAAAAAAAUAUGGGAAAGAUUCGAAAUAAAAAAAUAUGAGAGAUUUUACCAUACUUUAUAA